CUGCAGUUCUCCGCUUCUCCUGCCCUUUUCCGCCGCUGCAGCUGCUGCUCGGCUUGCUCUGCCUGGUCUGUCUGCUCUGGCUGCUGCGUCUGCUGCUGCUGCGCCUCUCCUGCCGUGCUCCCUUCCUUGGAGCCUCACCCAACCCAACCCUUAGACUGAAUUCUGGGAAGCCAUGGUUAUUGUUGCUCAGAUUGCUACCAGUGCAAGCUCGACUUGCGCCUCUUCUCUGCUUCAGUCCAGCGUCAAGCAGACACUUAAAUCCAGCGUCGCGUUCCUGUCGUCGGGAGCGAAGCUGCUUGCAUCCCCCCGCACGAGCCAUCUCUCCAGGUUGCCAGCGAAGCUCGACCGAAGCCAGAUCUCAGUCCGAGCGAGCUCAAACUCCCCCAAGCCUACCAUGGCCGCCACUGCCACCCAGACGAAGGCGCUCAUCAGCGAGUCUGCUGCAUGGGGCGACCUCAAGGCGCACAAGGAGGCCAUUGACCAGACUCACCUGCGCGAUCUACUCACAGACGAGGCUCGCUGUACUGCCAUGAUCAAGGAGUACGAUGGCAUUCUGGUUGAUUUCUCCAGGCAGAGGGCCACCACUGAGACCCUCCCAAAGCUGCUGGCUCUUGCAGAAGAGGCGAAGCUCAAGGAGAAGAUCGAUGCCAUGUUCAAUGGCGAGCAUAUCAACUCCACUGAGAACCGCGCUGUCCUUCACGUGGCUCUCCGCGCUCCUCGUGACGCAACCAUCAUGGUGGAUGGCAAGAACGUGGUGCCGGACGUGUGGGACGUGCUGGACAAGAUCAAGGCGUUCUCAGACACCGUGCGGUCAGGCAAAUGGCUUGGCGCCACAGGCAAGCCUCUGACGGACGUGGUUGCCAUUGGCAUCGGAGGAAGCUUCUUGGGGCCUCUCUUUGUGCACACCGCUCUCCAAACAGACCCAAGCUCUGCCAAGGCAGCAGACGGCCGCAGCUUGCGAUUCCUGUCCAACGUUGACCCCAUCGAUGUCGCCACAGCUCUCCAUGGCCUCGACCAGGAGACCACCCUCGUGGUGGUGGUGUCCAAGACCUUCACCACAGCAGAGACCAUGCUGAACGCUCGCACCGUGCGCACGUGGAUCACAUCCGCCCUGGGUGAGGACGCAGUGGCUAAGCACAUGGUGGCAGUCAGCACCAACCUCAAGCUUGUCAAGGAGUUUGGCAUUGACCCAGCGAAUGCCUUUGCCUUCUGGGACUGGGUUGGCGGCCGCUACAGUGUCACCAGUGCUGUCGGUGUGCUCCCCCUCGCCCUGCAAUACGGCUUUGAGCACGUGCACAAGUUCCUCAAGGGUGCAUGGAGCGUAGAUACCCAUUUCCACACCACUCCCUUCGAAUCCAACCUCCCUGUGCUCCUGGGGCUCAUCAGCAUCUGGAACGUCUCCUUCUUUGGCAACCCUGCUCGGGCUAUUCUGCCUUACUGCCAAGCCCUCCAGAAGUUGGCUCCUCACAUUCAGCAAGUGAGCAUGGAGAGCAACGGCAAGGGAGUGUCGAUAGAUGGGGAGGUGCUCCCAUAUGAGUGUGGGGAGAUCGACUUUGGCGAGCCGGGCACCAACGGGCAGCACUCGUUCUACCAGCUCAUCCACCAGGGGAGGGUGGUGCCGUGCGACUUCAUCGGCAUCAUCAAGAGCCAGCAGUCCGUGUACCUCAAGGGCGAGAUCGUGAGCAACCAUGACGAGCUCAUGUGCAACUUCUUCGCCCAGGCUGAUGCUCUCGCCUAUGGCAAGACCCCUGAAGAGCUACGUGCAGAGGGUGUGUCUGAGGCCCUCAUUCCACACAAGACCUUCACUGGCAACAGGCCUUCUCUCAGCAUCCUGCUACCAUCACUCACUCCCUACACAGUGGGGCAGCUCCUGUCGCUGUACGAGAACAGGGUGGCGGUGCAGGGCUUCGUGUGGGGCAUCAACUCGUUCGACCAGUGGGGCGUGGAGCUCGGCAAGGUGCUGGCCUCGCGAGUGCGCUCUCAGAUGAAUGCCAGCCGCACCAAGGGCCAGGCGAUUGAGGGCUUUAACUACAGCACCACCACGCUGCUCAACCGAUACCUGGAGGGCAAGACUCAGCUGCUCUAUCCUGAGCCUUACAACGUUUUUCCUAAGGACCUGCUGACUGGAGAGGGGGUGAAGAAGCCUGUCACCCCUCCCUCGUCCCCAUGAAAACCUAAACCUUCCAGCCCGUCCAUCGCUUUGCUUGGGUGCAUUAGGGUUUACUGCGAUUUUCGACCGUGGAAUUUGUCGUCAUUCACGUUUUAUAACAAUGCUAAACCUGCCGUUUUCCUAAAGCCUGCUACUCCUAAAGCCUUCGCAUUUGGAUAUUGUAUGAUUUAUGUAGCUCUUUAAUAUUAGAAGGAAAAAUAUACCUGUUAUAACGUCAUAGGGAACGAGGUUUGAAA